UAGCUACUAACAGUCCAGACCUUCCGAUUCUAAGAAUAAGUCAAUUUGGAAUGCACUUGAAGCCUCCAGUUAACAAAAAGAAUAUCUAGCAAGAGCAUGGACUCGAGGGUUGCCGGAAGCGAGCCGCGCUGGACUGUUGGCGUAUGCGAUGUACUUCCUAGCGACGCAUAUAUACGAAUCCAAUCCGCGCCCAUAACCUUAAACCACGAGUAGCCGUCCGAAUAUGCAGCCUGUCUUGGCCUGACAGUCUGCAGCGUCCUCAAUCUAGCAUUGCCUGCACCUCUGGUUUCACUUAGUUGUUCACGCCUCGCGCGUUCUCUUCUUUCCUCAACUCGGGAAACAUCUCUAGAAAUGAAGAGGUUCCUACUUUCGCCGCACACUUUCAGCAUUGGUACAAUUUAAUUCUCCUCGACAUCAUGAGGCUCCUCAAUGUCUUCACAAGGCAGCUUCGGGGGUUCCACGGCGACAAUAUUCCUGCGUACGCAAUCCUUUCGCACACAUGGGAGGAGGAGGAAGUGACCUACGAAGAUCUGGAAUCCGAGGCCUACUCAUCCAAGAAAGAUUUUAUCAAGAUUCGGGCUUGUUGUGACCAGGCAUCCAACGAUGGAUACGACUGUGUGUGGGUUGACACAUGCUGCAUCGACAAGACCUCAAGUGCAGAGCUGUCUGAGGCCAUAAACCCCAUGUUCCACUGGUAUAGUAACGCCGUUACUUGCUACGUCUUCCUAAGCGAUUUGCCGGCCCAAGCUCCGUGCGACCUGGAUUCUCAAUCAUUCCUCAACUGCAAAUGGUUCACUAGGGGUUGGACGUUGCAAGAACUUCUCGCCCCAGUUAUCGUUGAGUUCUACAAUCAAGGAUGGAACGAGAUCGGGACCAAAUUAUCGUUGGGACACUUGAUACAUGUCAAGAUGGGCACACGGCGCAAUAUCUUGGCUGGUCGACUCUCGCUAUUUUCUGCGAGUGUUGUCGAACGUAUGUUCUGGGCUUAAGUAGGGAAACUACCAGAGUGGAAUAUAUUGCAUACAGCCUUCUGGGCAUUUUUGACAUCAACAUGCCUCUUCUUUACGGAGAGGGUACCCGGGCCUUCUCGCGUCUCCAACAAGAAAUUCUUCGGAAAUCCGAGGAUUUGAGCAAACUGCUAUGGAGGUCAACCUCUGAAGAGGUUGCGCUUAUUGCGCACGCAGUCACCGGUUGCGUUUCGAAACUUGGAAUUUCAGAUGGAGGGAGCGCAAGCUAUCGUAGAGAUAGAGCAGCUGGUUAUCACGCAGCCGCAAAAAG